AAAUAAACAAUAAUUCCCUCUCUAUAGUCCACCUAUAAAAACACUCCUAAACCAAUCCAACAAAUCAUCAUAUCUUACUCAUUUCUCUUCAACAAAAACUUUCAUCUAAUUUGAAAAUGGCUAAUUCCCAUUUACUUCUAAUUUCCAUUUUAAUUAUGGGCAGUUUAGUGGCUGCCUUAGCUGCUGGUAAUUUUAAUGACCUUACAGAAAUUACUUGGGGUGAUGGACGUGGUAAAAUAUUAGAAAAAGGCAAAGGCCUAUCUUUGUCACUUGAUAAUUAUUCCGGGUCGGGUUUUCAAUCCAAGCGUGAAUAUCUUUUUGGAAGAUUCGACAUGCAACUCAAACUUAUCCCUGGAAAUUCUGCUGGCACAGUCACCACCUUUUUUCUAUCAUCACAAGGAGCAGGACAUGAUGAGAUUGAUUUUGAGUUCUUGGGUAAUGUGACUGGAGAGCCUUACACAGUGCACACCAAUGUUUAUUCUCAAGGAAAGGGAAACAAAGAACAACAAUUUCACCUUUGGUUCGAUCCAACUACAGCAUUUCACACUUACACCAUUAUCUGGAACUCUAACCGCAUAGUGUUCUUGGUAGAUAACAUCCCCAUUAGAGUAUACAACAACCAUGAAACUAUCGGAAUUCCAUUCCCCAAAUCCCAACCCAUGAAAGUCUACUGCAGUCUAUGGAACGCAGAUGAAUGGGCUACACAAGGUGGUCGAGUCAAAACUGAUUGGUCACAUGCACCAUUUACUGCCUAUUACAGAAACAUCAACAUUGAUGGGUGCACUGUCACGGCCGGGGCCUCGUCAUGCAUGUCCACUGAUGCUGUAGGAAAUUCUAAGCCUUGGCAAAAUCAUGAACUCGAUGCUAAGGGUCGUAACAGGGUCCGAUGGGUGCAGAGUAAACAUAUGGUUUAUAAUUAUUGCGCGGAUUCUAAGAGAUUUCCUCAAGGAUUUUCUCAGGAGUGUAAGCGUUCAAGGUUUUAACGAAUCGGAUUUAAUUAAGUCCUAAGAUUUGAAGCUCAAUGGAUAAUGGAUGUAGCCUGGUUGGUUAUGGGAUUGAUUAUUUUUAUUUUGGUGGUGUGAAAUUCUUUAUUUGUUUUGUUUUGUUGUACCAAUAAAUGUUGGUUAAUUUAUUUUAUUUGAUUAAAUUAUAUGUACUUUUCAAGUUUAUACGUUUGUAGUGGGAAAAUGUGUCUGUAUUAUCAAUCCCUCGAUUUAAAUAAAAGAUACUGUUACCUUUAAA